AUGCUGGUGUUGUUUGAGACCGCCGCCGGCUAUGCUAUGUUUAAACUGCAGAAUGAGAAAAAGCUCAAGAAUGUGGAUAAUAUAUAUGAAGAGUUUGAGACGCCAGAGAAGGCCCAAGAAAACUUACAAUUAAUAGCAUUCAAGAAGUUCAAAAGCACCGCAGACGCUGUUGAAUGUGCUAGUUCUCUACAUGAGGGAAAAAUGAAUAAGACAUUGAAGAAGCUGCUCAAAGGGAAAGUCGAGGAGAAUGAACAGCUUGCUGUCGGCGAUGCAAAACUAGGAAAUCUUAUCAAAGUA